AUCAAGUUCAUUCAAUCAUCUACUUCACUUUAUUGCUCCGUAUUUACAAGAUGGUAUUAAUUUCAGUUAAUAUCCCUGAUAGAGAUAAAAUAAUCAUAGGAUAUUUAAUGUAUAAUAGACUUCUAUUGUAUUACUCCAUCCGUCCCGGAAUGCUCGACCCGGUUUGACCGGCACAUAGUUUGAGGGACUUGAAUUGACUUAUUUAAUUUAAUAGGUAGUAGUUGAUAGUGGGGUAUUAUUUUAAUGUAGUUAGUGGGAGGUGGGUUAAAAGGUGGGGUUGGGGGGAGAGAAGGGGUUGAAUUUUUAAUUAUUUUUUGUAUGGAGUAGGGGGUAGGUGGGUUAAUAGGGGUGGAAUGAGAAAUAAUAUAAUAUUGUUAGAAUAUUUCCAUUUUUAGAAACAGGUCAAGUAUUAAGGGACGGCCCGAUAAGAAAAAUAGGUCAAGUAUUCCGGGACGGAGGGAGUAGGUUUUCUUACGACUAAUGUUGUAAUUCCUUAUACGUUGAUCAAUGGAAAUGAAUACACUUCAAUUCAAGGAGUUUUCAUACAAUAUAACAGUCACGGUCUCCAUUUAACCCUUUAGUAAGCGCAUACUCGUAAUAGUCCUAUUAUGCAGUAUUAUACUUCUAGACACCCAUAUUAGAAUAAGGCGUAUCAUUAUAUUAAAAAAAAAAACAAAGAAAAAAAAGAAAAAUGGUAGGAGGGCACGAGAGGGGAGAUGACAAGUCACAACCAGCACGGUGAGUAGACUAGAGAGUAUUCAAGGAUGGGGGACCAUAUACAUGAGCAGUCUCACCAUUUUUGGCACUUUGCUUUUGCACACUUUACGAGGCUAGCAGAGUGAUACAUGGACCGUACCUUUCUUUCUCCUCAGGACCGGUCAAAUUUUAAUAUCUGCGAAUUAUUCAUUCGGUGUUCAUGUAGGAUCCGAUUUGAGUCGAGUUUGGGUGAAUAACAAUUCGGGUUAUUUUGGAUUUGGAUUUGGAUUGUUGGGUUUUGGUCGGGUCAAUUUUGGUUUAUUGCCGUUAGGCUAUAAUUACGGAGUAUAAAAUAAAAUUACUCUUAUCAUUGUUAAACAUAUUUUGGUUGGGUCAGUUCGGUUCGAGUCAGUUAAAAUUGGGUCGAGUAUCAUUCGGAUCAAGUGUUAUUGGGUAGUAUGGUGUACUCUGUACUGUAUUAUGGAGAAUUUUGCGACAAUAGUUCAUUUUGUUGAAUUUACUUUUAUUAAUUUUAGAAAAAAAACAGGUUAGAAUGAAUUUCAUCAAAGGAAUUUUUAUUCAUAAAAUUUUAAGCAAAAUGAGGUAAGAUAAAUUCAAUUAAUAUAAUGUUUAUUUUUUACCACCUCAAAAAAAUUAAAAAAAAUUCGUUUUAUCAUAUUUUAACAGUAAAGUUAAAGGAAUCGUUACUCCAUCCACUUCAAAGGCUAGUGCAAGUAUUAAGAGACGGAGGGAGUACCCCGGUGUUUGACUUAAUUCACCAUAUACCCAUGAGCUUUGUAAAAUUAACAUGGCGAUGAUGUCUAACGUCGUCAAGUUUUCGAUAUCUCUUACCUUUAUCCAUAAACCAAUUAUCUCCACUCCAUGGAAGUCGGUCAAGGUUGUUCCCCUUUCUUAUCUCCUCUCCGGCCUCCAUGUUGCCCCCAUCAUCACCCACCUCCCAUGCCACCCUCUUAUAUCUCCAGACUCCUACAGUCUCACUCCUACUCUCCCACUCACUUGUUUCUAGUUUGUAGCGCUCCACCAGACCACCAGUCCAACACCAUAGGAGCAUAGAAACUCCGCCAACUCCACCAGUGCGAAAAUUUCGGGUAUCUUUGUAGAUCUAUAAAAUUUCCGAUGGCGGCAUUUCCCAAAUACCUAAUAGUCUUAGAAAUAUUCUCCAAGAUUGCAUCCCAAAUCUCUUGUACACUUCAAAUGUGUCUCUAAACCUUCGAUGCCACAAUUUCAUCUCCCCAUUUCAUCGAUCAUCAUCAUCGGUCCCCAAAAACGGCCUUUUCGUUCACUAUUUUGACCUCGACUCCCCGGAAUCCCCUUACACCCCUCUCUCCCCCCUCCCUACCUUUAAUCGCAACAUGGGCAUCAUUUUAGACUGUCCAUCCCCUGAAAACGAAACACACUCACUUGUUACGUAAUUUAAUACAUAUGCUGCCUACUUCAUUUCUGAUUUCUGUAGUUGGAUCUUGGAAUAGUUUGCUUCGUCUUUCAAAAUGUAUUGCAUCUGGAUCCCCAUUGGUGGCACACUUAAUAGUUCUCAACCAAUCUACCCGAAAUUGUUGGUUUCUAUGAUUUUUUGCUUGAUUGAGAAGAUUAUUUUAACGAAGAUGAUGGUGAAGGUGGAGACAAAUGAUGAAGGAGAUUGAAGAAAAUGAGGAGAAACGAAAAAUUUGAAAAAUGAGAGAUCCAACGGAGAGUUAAUAGUAGGGUCACAUUAUGUUAAUUUUUUAAACCUCGGGGUAUAUGGUGAAUUACUAAAAAUACGAUGAUAAAUGGUGAAUAAAGUCAAACCUUAGAUGUAUUUAUUGAAAAAAUCGUAUAAAGUAACACUAAUAUGCAUCCCAAUCUUAUUCUCAACUCAUACCAAAUAAGAUAUACUAAGUAAUACUUACCAGACGCGAAUAAAGAAUACUUCAGGUUCCUAAACUUUGCCACUGUUUAAUCCCUAAACUUUCAAAAGUGUUAGUUUGGUCCCUCAAAGUGGAUGAGAAAAUAUAAUAUUGCUAAUAGUGUUAGAUUUUCUGUUAAGUAUGUUAAAUAAAAUGGAAAAAUAAAAUAAAAACACUAAAAGACAAAUUUAUAUAAGUUAGCUUUUAGUACUUAGCUUAUUUACAAAAAAGUUGUUUUGACUUAGAUUUGUCUACCAUCCCAAAAUGAACUUUUUUUUUUACAUAUGGAAAAUUUGUCAAAUACUCCCUACGUUCCUAAAUAAGUGUCACAUUUGGGCUCGGGCACGGUAAUUAAUAAAAUUGUAAAGUGUGUAAGAGUUAAUGAUUGGGAAUAUUUUUUUUUGGGAAAUGAUAAAGUAGAUAAUUGUUUAAUUGAAUAAAGUACAAAAAGUAAGUGAGAAAUGAGAGAGAAAUCAGAAAAAUGUGGACCACUGCACAUCAUCAAUCCACUUACUUAAAAAGCAAGCAAUCAAAUUGCAGGAAAAAAAACCAACAGCCAAUAAGAUUUCAUUAACAUCAAAUACACGGAUGAAACAACAAUGUGGAGACAAAUCCCUUUUAGAGGGAAAAUUUGGCACCAAAGGGGGACUUUCCCUCCAUUUUUCAUUUAUUACAUGAGGAGAGAGAAUUUCUUCAAAUCAGAACUCAAAAAACAAGAGCAAAACAGAGAAAAAACUACAAAAAAAAAAAAACAGAGAAGCUUCCUUGCUUUGGCUUCUUUUGCUCAGACCGUAUGGAAACAAAUGAUGAAGAUCAAUGGGAAGAGGCUGCUUGUAACAUCAAUGAUCAUUGGGUGCCUGAAUCAGAUGAAGAAGGGGACAUCAUUGAUGAACAGGUCCAAUAUUUUGAUUUGAAUGAUCUGGCAGAAGAUACGAGGGAACACAUAGUUUUUUCGUUUGACCUCAAUGAACCAGCAUCCAAUGAACCCACUGAAUAUUUCCAACAGCAAAGUUACGGGCCACAGGGUCAUCAGCGUAAAAAAAAGCCAAGGCUCAGCUGGGACACAAGGUUGCAAAUCCUAAUGUGGCUUUUGAACAAUCACAUCAAAGGGGAAAAGGGUAAACCCUAUUUUGGGGCCAUGGCACACGUUGCUCGAAUCUACAAUUGUCAUCCAAGAACAGUUUCAAGAAUAUGGAAGACAGCAAGGGCACAAAAAGAAGCAUUCCAGAGAUACAAUAUGGCAACCAAGGCAAAAAAUGCAGGUAGGAAAAGAAUUCAAGUUGAACAAGACAGCAUCACAGAAUUAAGCAUGGGGGAUAGAACAUGCAUAAGGGAUUUGGCUGAAAUGUUAAAUAUUGGACCCACGACACUUUGGAGAAUGAUCAAACGAGGUGAUGUUAGACCACACACAAACCCUCUACAUCCCGGUUUGCAAGACCCUAAUAUGCUACAAAGGGUCAAGUGGGUUCUAGAUUUACUAGAAGGGGAUAGUCCACAAACAAAGAGGCAAUAUCUACCAAUGUUUGACUUUGUACACAUUGAUGAGAAGUGGUUCUACUUGACCAAAAAGCAACAAAGGGUGUACUUAGGGAAAAAUGAACGGGGCAAGUACAGAUCAGACAAGUCAAGCAAAUUCAUACCAAAAGUGAUGUUCACAGCAGCAGUGGCAAGACCAAGGUUCAAUGAAAACGAUGAAUGCACAUUUGAUGGGAAAUUGGGCAUAUUUCCAUUCACGUAUCAAGAAGCAGCAAAGAGGACAUCAAAGAAUAGAGAAAAGGGGACAAUGAAAACCAAAGUGGUUGAAUCAGUCAAAAAAGAAGAGACAAGGAACAUGCUCAUCAAUCAAAUCGUUCCAGCAAUCAUGCAAAAAUGGCCACCAAGUGAAGGGCCAAAAACAAUAUUCAUACAACAAGACAAUGCAAAAACGCACAUUACUCAUUCUGAUCCACAAUGGCAACAAGCACAUCAACAAGGAGACUUCACAUUCAUUCUUGUUCAACAACCACCAAACAACCCCGACUUAAACAUUCUAGACUUGGGUCUUUUCAGGAGUAUUCAAUCUUUGAUGCACAAAAAAAUGCCUAAGGAUGUUGAUGCUAUGAUUGGUGCAGUGAAUCAAGCAUACUAUGAAUUAGAAGCAAGAACACUUGGGAAUGUGUGGUUAUCAUAUCAAUAUGUCAUGAAUGAGAUGUUAAAGGCAAAGGGUUCCAAUGAUUACGAUUUACCACAUGUGAAAAAGGCAAGACUUUUUAGUCAGGGAAUACUUCCUAUUCAAGUCAUUGUACCAAUGUGGGCAGUACAUGAAGGUUGGGAGUUAUUAUAUGGUACAGAAAAUGAGGCAGCAAGGCAACCAAGGGCUAAUACACAAACAGAAGCAGCAAGGGCUAAUGCACAAGUCAGGCCACAAAUUCCAAAUGCACAAACACAGGCAGCAAGGGCUAAUGCACAAGUCAGGCCACAAAUUCCAAAUGCACAAACACAGGCAGCAAGGGCUAAUGCACAACAAAACAGAGCAAGGCAACCAAUAAAAGACAUACCAGAAAGCUCUAAUGCACAACAAAACAGAACAAGGCAAGCAAUGGAAGAAUGGGAAGAAUGGGAAGAUAUACAAGACCCAACCAGACCAUCUAGGGGACUUAGGAUUUUGGGCUGAUACGAGGGUACAACACUUGUUU